AUGACUGAUGGAGAGAGACUUGGAGGAAACAAGAUGAAGGAGACGGACAGUAUGGCGACGAGUGGACAAGGAGAUGCAGGAUGGAGAGUCCCAAGUCAGAGCAUGACCAGAUUCAUUUGCUGCCGCCAAGCCGCUAGGGCGCUGGAAAGGCUGGAGGAUCCCAUCGUCUUUCUCCGAUCUCAAUCCCUGAUUGGUACACCCUGCAACUGGCCACGUUGGAAGCAACUUGAAGUGGACUGGCAAUCAAAAGCAGUGGAGAUUGCACCAGUUGGACGCGAUGGAUGGGAAGGCCUUCCUUUCCCUUUUCAGCCCUGUCGGGCCAGAAAUAGUAAAACCAUGGCAAAUGACAGCCGCGAUUACCAUACCGUUUCGAACACCUCCCAUACCGUCUGA